UAAUAAUAAUAUAUUAUCACUAUAAAUUAUGUUCAAAUAUUAUUGUUCGACAAAUCGACUUUGUUACUUUAAUUUUAACACCAAGAUAUUUGAGGCAUGGGUCUAGUAAUAAUCAGGUUGUGGAACUUGUGGUCUAUAUAAGUCGAAAUGCUCUCUCUAAUCCUUCGAUCCUCGCUCAACCCAUUUUUUAUUACACGCAACACUAGCUCCGCUCUGCUCUGUUCUCUCUCUCUUAGUCAACCAUGUCUAUGGCAACAACUGCCCUUCUUUUCCUCUGGUUUGCUGCUAUAUCAUACGCAGCAGACAUAUCCAUCACUGCUCACAACGACAAACCCAUCCCCGAAUCAGCAUGGCGAAGCGAUGAGGAGGUGAUGGGUAUAUACCAAUCGUGGCUUGCCAAGCAUGGCAAAGCUUCCAAUGGGUUGGACACGAAGGACGUAAGAUUUGAGAUUUUUAAGGAUAAUUUGAGGUUCAUCGAUGAACACAACUCAGAGAACCGGACGUACAAGGUGGGAUUGAACCGGUUUGCUGAUCUUACCAACGAGGAGUACCGGUCCAUCUAUUUGGGCACCAGAACAGACGCUAAGCGCCGGUUCCUGAAGUCCAAGACGAAGAGCUAUAGCCAGCGUUACGCUGUUCAGGCUGGAGAAAAGUUCCCCAAGUCCGUUGAUUGGAGAGAGAGUGGUUCUGUUGCUCCGAUCAAAGAUCAAGGCAACUGCGGGAGUUGCUGGGCCUUCUCAGCGAUAGCUGCUGUUGAAGCCAUAAACCAGAUCGUAACAGGGGAGCUGAUCAGUCUAUCAGAGCAAGAACUCGUCGAUUGCGACACAGGCCGAAAUGAAGGAUGCGAUGGAGGCUUCAUGGAGUACGCCUUUAUGUUCAUAAUAAAAAAUGGCGGUAUAGACUCUGAAGAUGACUACCCUUACCUGGGCGAUGAUGGUGUCUGUGACCCCAUUCGGAAGAAUGCUAAGGUGGUUAGCAUAGAUGGGUACGAGGAUAUUCCACCUUUCGAUGAGAAAGCAUUGCUGAAGGCUGUAGCACAUCAACCUGUCAGCGUAGCCAUUGAAGCCUCGGGCCGGGCUUUACAACUCUACUCAUCUGGCAUAUUUACUGGUGAAUGCGGAGCAGCUUUAGACCACGGUGUAGUUGUGGUUGGGUAUGGCACAGAAAAUGGCAUGGAUUACUGGACUGUGAGGAACUCAUGGGGGACAGAAUGGGGCGAGAAUGGAUAUUUUAGAAUGCAGCGCAAUGUGGUUGGCAGUUACACCGGGAAGUGCGGAAUUACGAUGGAGGCUUCUUACCCCACCAAAAACCCGACUAAUCCUCUGGUUGUAGGAGGCACAGCAGAAGAGAUAGCCAGUGCUUGAAACGUAACUUGGGCUAUUUCAUGGCCAAGGAAAAGGGCUAUGGAUGUUCAGUAGUGUAUUCUUUUCCUUCUUGCUGUCUAUGAUUAUUAUGGAUCGACCGACAGAUUCAUGUAUCGUGUUUAUCUGGAUUGUUAUUGUUUGUACAUAUAUUUCAAUUUCUCUGCAGCGUGCUCGAAAACAGACACAUAUUUAUCGAAGAAUUUUCAAGUACCUCUCUGUCUCUCUUUGUUUAUAUUUUCAUCUGCUUUUAAUUUACUAGUUGAGCAAUUUCACAUCUGCUGAUUAUUCUGAUCCUGGCUUUGGCUCCAUGAUCUUUUCUUGGCUCUUUUAUAU